CGCGCCGCCGUGACGUUCGCGGGUCCGCGCGCCGCGGAGACAGUGCGCAGGCGCGGGAUUGGCGGUGCCGGGCGGCGGUUGAGGCUUCCAGGCGCGGCGCCGACCAUGACCCAACAGGGCGCGGCGCUGCAGAACUACAACAACGAGCUGGUCAAGUGCAUCGAGGAGCUGUGUCAGAAGCGAGAGGAGCUGUGCCGGCAGAUCCAGCAGGAGGAGGACGAAAAGCAGCGGCUGCAGAAUGAGGUGAGGCAGCUAACGGAGAAGCUGGCCCGCGUCAACGAGAACCUGGCGCGCAAGAUCGCCUCUCGCAAUGAGUUUGACCGGACCAUCGCCGAGACCGAGGCCGCCUACCUCAAGAUCCUGGAGAGCUCCCAGACUCUGCUGAGUGUCCUCAAAAGGGAAGCUGGGAACCUGACUAAAGCCACAGCCUCAGACCAGAAGAGUAGUGGAGGCAAGGACAGCUGACGAGUGCCCGUCUCAGCCGUGGCCUAUGGCUGCCCAGUCCCCGACGUGUCUGUCCUAAAGCAUCUCUGUUCUUCGUGACCUCAGAUGCCUUCCCAAGAUCUCAGGUGCCCAGAGGGACAACUUCCGACCUCCACCUGCCUUGGGUGACGAGAAAAGCCCUAGGACAGGAAAACUCCAACGGGAAAGGAGUUCCCAGCUCUGUGUCAUGGGAACCCUGAGCUCCUGGUUAGCUCCUUGAGGGGCCUCUCUCUGAAGCCCCUGUACUUCCUUGGGCUGCCAGGAAGGUCCUGGUCCUAGUCCAAGUACUGUGGGAGCCCCUCACUUUGUCUCCUCAGCCACUAGGGGCCCAGGCCAGGCAUGCUGAGGAAAGAUUCUUGGCUCCAGAACUGAAACCUUAGGGUCGAUCCCCAUGGCCUCUGACGUUUCAAUAAAGGUUGUUUUGCAAAGGUC